AUGAAGAAGGUUAAUGGCAUUCACAUUAUAAAAACUUUAUAUUUUUAUGAAAAACUUAUGGGUCUUUGUCCAUUUAUACUCAGCAAUAAAAUAGUGAUAAAAUUUUCAUACAUAGGAGCUGUCUACAAUCUACUAAUUACUCUAAUAUACACAUACUAUUUUAUACUAAUCAUAGGUUUGAGAUUUGAACUUCAUUUAACACGAGAGUCAACGUUAAGCAUUGCUUUAGAUGCUUUCGGCUUAGCUUUUCAGUAUUGCUCUAUCGUAUCAGCUUGGCUAACGCUAACAUUCCGUCAAGAGUGCUUAAAAAAAAUUCUUGUUACUUUUGCAAAAGUUAACCUUUUAGCGAAUAAUUUAUCAAUGACUUUGACUCGAUAUUGUUUGAGAAAAUUACAAUACAUUGCGGUACGAUUAAUGCUGAUAAAUUUAAUGUACAUCGUCAUAUUUCUAUCAGAGCACUACUUGUUAAAAACUUACAAAAAAUUUGAAGAGCAUGCCAGUACUUGGAUUUGGUUCAAUCUUCCUAAGCUUGUUAUUUACAACAUAUUUGGCAUUUUUAUCGAACUAAUGAUUAUUUUACAACAAGAUUACAGAGCUUUGAACAAAGUGAUUUCCUAUUCUUUUUCUGAAAAAAUUGAUGCCACUUCAUUCUGCAAUUUUUCAGAAUCUCCUGGGGUGAUUUCGAAGAAACUCUGCACUAUAGCUGAAUUUCACGAAAACUUAUCUGAUAUUUUAGAAUACACAACAAAUUUGUUUAGUUUACCACUUCUUUUUGCAUUACUUGCCUCAUUUCUACAUUUGACUUUAGAUUCUUACAUAGUUUACCAACAUUUACUAUCGAAAAGAAUGUGGGAGUUUAAUGACUUUAGUUCAUAUGUAAUCUGUCUUGUAUGGAUAUCAACCAAGAUCUUGGGCUUUUAUUUUCUCUGCAGUGUACCCGACUCUACGUCAGCAGAAGCAAAUCAUACCGUUAUUAUUCUUAUUAAGAUAAUAAAUAAUUGCUAUAAAGUAAGAAGUUGCAGAGAUAUGAUGAAGAAAUUAAUGCUACAGUUUAAACAAAAAAAGAACUAUGCUUCGCUUUAUGGUCUUUUCAGUCUUGAUUAUUAUUUAUUUAAAAAUAUUAUGAGUACAUCCGUCAUGUUUCUAGUCUUUAUGUUCCAACUUGAUGAUUUAGUAACCUAA